GGUCUUCUGUUGUCUGUGAUCGGUUGGAGAUUUGAAAUGCAGAAGAACAACAGUUUUGUCUGGUUGUAACAGUUACAGGCUUUCAUAGGCAAACAAUUAAGGUACCUUUUUGAAAAUUUGCCAAUUGACACCACCACACAAUGGUCUGCGACUGAAACUGAGACAGCAGAUAAAGACUCUCACAACACCUGAGCUUUCUGCUGAACAAAGAAGGGAAGGAAGACGGGAACAACAGCAAAGACAAAUACCUCAAGGGAAGACAAAAAGAAAAUAGCAAUGUUCAAAACAAUCACCCGUCUGUUUUUUGGGGGAGAGGUGGAAACCCCUGACGAUGCCACGUCUGGAGAAGUGGUGGAAGAAGGGUGGCUUGUUGUCAGUCAUCAAGAGGCCGGUUCAGCGGAGAACCAGGUUGCAGAGCUGACUGACACCCAACCACCAAACUCUGCUCUUCAUGGAGACGCAGUUGCAAACAUGGAAACUGACAUGAGUGUGUUAGACCAAGAACCCACAGUUCAAAGCAGCAGCACCACCAGUCGAGCCAUCACAGGCUCUGUUUCUCAGCCUAAAGCUUUGGAAGAAGUGACACAGUUAACCUGCAUCCAGAAGGCUAAGGCCUGGGCAGACCCACACCAAAUGUCUCGUAACGCCAUUCAGCGCCAGAACCGUCUUCGCCAAGGAGUCCAACAUAACUCAUUCCACCUCCAACAACCAGGACAUCGCAGCAUAAGCCACUGAGGCUCUGGUUGUACAACUGCAAAUAUUAACCAACAAAUAAUCCCAUACUUAUUAAACACAUAUUCCAAUACACGAAGAUAACAACACAACAGGCAGCUAUGUUAUAACUCGUACCGUAUAUGAGUUUGGAAUUAAGAUUUUUACCUCAUGAAAUGAAAUACACUAUGUUUUCUUGUUUGCGUGGAUGUGGAUUUAUACAUGUGGUUGACUGCAGCCUAUGCAAAAUGUAUCCUCUAACAUUUAGGACAAAGUGCUGUAAUUUGUGUAUCGACAUGCAUUUAUUUACCUGUAUGUAACUGGUUUAAACCUUUUUUUUAUAUGGAAAUAAAAAUGAUGAGUUUGCA